AUCACAGGGACUCGUGGGUGUCCCUGGCUAAUGCCUGGAGGCUGGUGCUCCACAGUAGCGGCAGUCAGCUCCUGAGUGUCCCGGUGCAGUGACUCUGACUCUGACUCUGGGCUGGUUCUUGUGUCUCCACGGCCCCCCGCGGCGCUGCUUUCCAUACGGGGCGGGGUGCCACUCAGUGCGGCGCACAGAGCACCGUCACAGCAGCUCUCCCGCACCGACAGCCCGGGAACAUGGGUCUGGAGAAGGAAAACAUGGAUACCAGUGUGUUUAUGGACGACGGCGAGUUCAACAGAUCCAUAGAGCCCAUUCUGAAGAAGGGGAAGCUGUACGAAGCGGAACUGGACCGAGAUCCGAACGAUAUUAACGCUCAGUUGAAGGUUGGUUUUGAAGAUGUCAUCGCGGAGCCCAUCUCCACACACAGCUUCGACAAAGUCUGGAUAGGAAGCCACGCCGUGUUUGAGCUGGUGAAAUUCAUGCUCUACCGGCUGCUCAGCACUCUGCUGGCCGUGCCCAUGGCGUUCAUCCUCGGCCUGGUGUUCGCGGUGCUCAGCUGCAUCCACAUCUGGUAGG